CACUACUGGGCGCCAGAACUCUUCCUACUCCAGUGGUUCCGCCUCCUCGAACUCGACGAACGCUAUCAUCAUCAUCAUCAACAAUGAGGCUGGAUUCAAACGAUUUUGCUUUCAUCAGUUGUGAAAAGGAAUCCGAAACAUCUAGCGUUUUUCAAAUAUCCCUGCAAGGACGACUAUGUCUCAUGAAGGUUUAUCAUACCAUAGAGAAGCAGCCGUGGCAUCCUAAUUACAGAGAAAUUGACCCAUUCCUCUGUGAGAGCGCCGCAUAUGCUCGUUUGAAAGAGCGAGGGUUGUGCCAGGAAGGGGUUGUCCCGGAUUUCUACGGGGUGAUCGAGCAAAUAGACCCCAUUCAAUGGCGACCUCAUUUAAAUCGUUUCCUGAAGGACAAACUUCGUCCAAACGCUAUCUUGUUGGAAUUUAUUCCAAAUAUAAAGCAAAUAGAUCUUGCUACAUACACAGAAGACCGCGCUGCUGCUCUCUUGGAAAUUCUUCACAAAAUCCAUGACGCUGGAGUUUGCCAUGGCGACCCAUAUCCUCGGAAUAUGGUGGUUCAGCCAGAGACAGGCAGAGUGCUCUGGAUAGAUUUUGAUCGCGCUCAAACUGUUUCUGACGGCUCUAUUACCAAUAGACAACGCAGCUGGAUGGAAGAUGAUACGUUAAUGACCUCUGAGCUACUAGACCUUCUGGCAAAAGAUGUGAAUCUUGGACAGCUCGUUCAUGCGUGGGGUUAUUACUACCAUUAUUCAUGACGGAUUCUAUGGAUUACCUUUCUACGACAGAUAACAAAAUCCUGCUCUGUGGAAGAUACGCAAUAUGGAAACAAUGUAGUGGGACAGAACACAUGAUAUUUGCCGCACCAUCGUCAUAUAAAUGCUAUACGACGCUAAUUAAUGAGCAAUCGAACAGGUUUAGCAUAGGGGGUAGUUGGGCGGUGUUGACAGAUUCCAAGCUUAUGUACGAUUACACUUUCUUAGAUAUACGUGUCAUUCGCAUGGCCUAACCUCCUUGCAAGCUACCCUAUUCAAAAUAUCGAGUACUGCAGCAUACCGGGGUUUUUUUUUGUGAAUAAUUC